AUGGCUCAUGCUGGAAACUUGAGGGGAGAUUUGCCAGUGCAAGAUCCUGUUUUUCUUGUUGCUAAUCAUAACAUCUCUAUGAGGGAGUAUGUAGUGCUAGAUCUUUACAAUUUUUCGCUAGGAAUUGCAAAACAAGUAGUUAAAGGGAAUGACAUUCUAGCCAACAAAAGAAAGAUCGGAGAAAAUGAAACAGUUGCACUAACAUACGAGUGUAGCGCUUUGUUUCAAAAUGAUCUCCCUGCUAAAAUGAAGGAUCCUGGGACUUUUACAUUACCCUGCACCAUAAGAGGGAAGAUGUUAGCCGAUAGAUCAAUAAAGCUUCCAGAGGACAAGAUAGAAGAUGUUCUCGUGCAGGUAGACAAGUUUAUCUUCCCCGCAGAUUUCAUUCUAUUGGAUUAUGAGGCAGAUAGAGAAAUUCCUCUCAUCUUGGGAAGCCCAUUUCUCGCCACUGGGCGAGCAUUUAUCGAUGUACAGAAGGGAGAAUUGACCAUCCGGGUUGAUGAUCAAGAGGUAAAGUUCAACGUACUCAAUGCGUUGAAAUAUCCAGGAGAUAUAGAAAACUGCCAAUAUAUCGAAGAACUGUAG